CCCAGAGGGAAAGAAAGAACUGGGGCGAUCCGGUAGGUACAGGAGGGAACCCCCAUUCAUCUUCUACCUUCAGGGCUCCUCUUCUGCAUGAAAGGUAUAAAGGGAGAUUUUCCUUUUCCCUCCCUCAAACUGAAGAACACAUGUAAAUCCUUGUUUUUCCUGGUGAGGCAGAGGAGGCCAUAGCCACAAUGCUUAACUGCAUGCAUCUAAUAUGGGGCUGGUUUUAACCCCAGUGCUCUGACCUAAACUGCUCAGCUCCCGGAAAUUCCAAGGAACCCGGUGGCCUUAGUCCUUCAGGUGGAACCGUGUGCGACAUGGGAAAGAAAACCAAGCGGACAGCCGACAGUUCUUCUUCAGAGGAUGAGGAGGAGUACGUUGUGGAGAAGGUGUUAGACAGGCGCGUAGUUAAGGGGCAAGUGGAAUAUCUACUGAAGUGGAAAGGCUUUUCUGAGGAGCACAAUACUUGGGAACCUGAGAAAAACUUGGAUUGCCCUGAGCUAAUUUCUGAGUUUAUGAAAAAGUAUAAGAAAAUGAAGGAGGGUGAAAAUAACAAACCAAGGGAGAAGUCAGAAAGCAACAAGAGGAAAUCCAAUUUUUCAAACAGUGCAGAUGAUAUCAAAUCCAAAAAAAAGAGAGAGCAGAGCAAUGAUAUUGCCCGAGGCUUUGAGAGAGGACUGGAACCAGAAAAGAUCAUUGGGGCGACCGAUUCCUGUGGCGAUUUAAUGUUCCUAAUGAAAUGGAAAGACACAGAUGAAGCCGACCUGGUUCUUGCAAAAGAAGCUAAUGUGAAAUGUCCACAGAUUGUGAUAGCGUUUUAUGAAGAGAGACUGACGUGGCAUGCAUACCCUGAGGAUGCGGAAAACAAAGAGAAAGAAACAGCAAAGAGCUAAAGGAGGGGGUGGUCUCUGUCAUUUCUCUUUGUACAUAAUACAUUCACCCCCCUGCCUCCUCUCCCUUCUACCCACCCCCUUCUAUCCUAAACACAUCCAUAAAAAAUGUGCUUAUCACUGUGCUCCACAGGAGAAA